CCUAAUUCUAAUUCAAACCGCACCCAAUUCUCAUUUCUUCUGAGAAUUUCCUUUACCACACUACCAAGCAACAAAAUCCAUGGCUUCGAAGCUUCUAGCUUCCGCUUCCUCCACUCUACGCAAAACCCUUUCAACAAAACCCAAUCCUCAGCACUUCCUCUGCCGCCUCUCCUCGUCCUCCUCUGCCGCAGCCGUCGCCGCCGAUCCCUCUCCGGCUGAUUCAUACGAGGACGCAAAUGGAAUUACGAUGAAAGGGGUGAGGAUAUCGGGAAGGCCGCUGUACCUGGACAUGCAGGCCACAUCACCGGUGGACCCGCGUGUGCUGGACGCGAUGCUCCCCUACUACCUCUCCCGCUACGGCAAUCCCCACUCGCGGACGCACCUCUACGGGUGGGAAUCCGAAAACGCUGUCGAGACGGCCCGCUCCCAAAUCGCCGCAAUAAUCAAGGCGUCCCCGAAGGAGAUUGUGUUCACGUCCGGGGCCACCGAGUCGAACAACAUCUCCGUCAAGGGGGUCAUGCACUUCUACAAGGACAAGAAGCGCCACGUCAUCACCACCCAGACCGAGCACAAGUGUGUCCUCGACUCGUGCCGCCACCUCCAGCAGGAGGGCUUCGACGUCACUUACCUACCCGUGGGCUCCGACGGUAUCAUCGACCUCCACGCGCUCCGCUCCGCGAUUCGUCCCGACACGGGCCUCGUUUCGGUCAUGGCAGUCAACAACGAAAUCGGGGUGAUCCAACCGAUGGAGGAAAUCGGCAGCAUCUGCAAGGAAUUCAACGUGCCGUUCCACACCGACGCGGCCCAGGCGUUGGGGAAAAUCCCCAUCGACGUGGAGAAGUGGAACGUGAGCUUGAUGUCUCUGAGUGGGCACAAGAUCUACGGGCCAAAAGGGGUCGGGGCUUUGUACAUGAGACGACGGCCUAGGAUUCGCGUGGAGCCCCAGAUGAACGGAGGUGGGCAAGAGAGAGGGAUUCGGAGCGGGACCGUGCCGACCCCACUGGUGGUGGGGUUCGGCGCGGCGUGUGAGCUGGCGAUGAGGGAAAUGGAAUACGACGAGAAGCGAAUCAGAGCCUUACAGGAGCGAAUGUUGAAUAGGAUAAGGGAGAAACUGGAUGGGGUGGUGGUGAAUGGCAGCGAGGAGAGGAGGUAUGUGGGGAAUUUGAACCUGUCGUUCGCGUACGUGGAAGGGGAGAGUUUGUUGAUGGGGCUGAAGGAGGUUGCUGUGUCGAGCGGAAGUGCGUGCACGAGCGCGAGCUUGGAGCCGUCGUAUGUGCUGAGGGCGUUGGGGGUGGACGAGGACAUGGCGCACACGUCUAUUAGGUUUGGGAUUGGGAGGUUCACAACGGAGGCCGAGAUCGACAAGGCGGUUGAGCUGACGGUAGAGCGGGUGGAGAAGCUGAGGGAGAUGAGCCCGCUUUAUGAGAUGGUUAAGGAGGGGAUCAAUAUUAAGGACAUUCAAUGGGCACAGCACUAAUGUGGCAUUCAACGACCCCGAAUUGUAAGUGCUAGCAUGAUACGUUCAUAUAUAUAUAUAUAUAUAUAUAUAUGCAGGUAAUCUGAGGAGGAGGAGUCUGGGUGGAGCUGCUCUAUCAGGUGGAGAAGUUCAUGGGGUUUUCUUCUUUUGGGGUUUUCUUCUUUUUUUAACCCCUUGUAUAGGCCUUGAACCAGCUUUUGUUUAAGUUUUGGAAUUAUAGAUGGUAUCUUCAGCA